AUGAUCCCUCUUUUGAAAGUAGCCCUAUUUCUGCUGUUUGCCACGGCUCAGGGUGCACUUCCUCCCAUGCUUCUGAUCCACGAGGAAACGCGUCAAUGUAUGGAGUGGGACGACCAACCUGGAUGUCGCCAAUGUCGGAUACCCUCGGGAUGGAAAAGCAUUGGGGCUGCUUUCGAGGACACCGUAGCGUGUCCGACUGGCUACUCCUACGCGCCCAGUUUGGAGGUGGAGGAACUGCAGAGCUACCAUUGCGUGGAGACUCGGAAUGAAUAUUGUUGCUCUGCCUUCUAUGGGUAUGUAUGGCCUCAUUGUUGGCCAGUCAUGGUGGAAAACCAACAAGAACACAAGUGUUCCCUUAGCCUGUGCGAGGAACUGCCACCAGGAUGGACCAGAUCACUUGUGGAGGGUGAGGAGGACGAGUACGAAGACUACCGUGACCUUCUAAACACCAGCGACUACACGGGAUAUUGCUUGGGCUGGGAGCUUUGGGAAGAUCAAAACGAUGAUGCAGGAUGGACUUGGCUGCCCUGGGACGACCCUACCUUAGGUGGUUCUUGCCAAGAUCCUUGUGCACACUACAACUUUUCCUGUGGAGAGUGCGUCGCAAUGGGCUGCACCUGGUCCCCCCGCCAAGCUUCUUGUCAUGUGGGGUGUGAGGCACACGACAACUGCAUUGUGACGACAAAGACAGAGCACGCCGAGCAGCUCUGUCAGACGAUUACGGAGCUGAUGGAUGCAGACGAUGAAGCAAACUGUCACAAAACUUCCUGUGAAGGUUGCACGCACACGGCUCUCAACUCCGACCCAACACAACAUUGCAGGUGGGUGGACCAGUGGUGGGGAGAGGGAGAAAGUUGCGUCGCCAGCCGGUGCCUGGGCAUUUGCAGGGAGAUUGACGAUUGUGCGGAGUCCAAAUUUUGCGCGCAAGAGACGGAAAACUGCACCGAAUGUGUCCAAGCGGGCUGCUCGUGGGGUUUCGGCCAGAGAUACCCCGAGUCAACAUCAGAUGAUGCGUAUCCUGCAUGCUAUCGAGGCGAUUGCCGCGUUGAUCUUGAUUGCGUUUCGCUGGACGCGGAGGCAGAGGAGGAGCCCUCGUUAAUUUCCAAACAGUCACAGGACGAGGAGUGCGUCGAGGAUGAAAUCGAAAUCUGCAAAGAGAUACUAACCCGCUACAGAGAUCGCGAAUACUGUCAUCGUAACUCAGAUUGUGCAACCUGCUCCCAAACCCCGCUGCUAUCCAAUGAAACUCAACACUGCAAAUGGCUCCAACCUCGUGGGUCCCGCAGCGGUCACUGUGUUGCCGCCUGUCCUGCGGGCGACUCAAUAAUCUGCGACGAAACGAUUGCUUGUUCCCGACGCAGAUCCUUCUACCGUUACUGCGAUCAGUGUCUUGCUGCUGGAGGAUAUUGGAAUGCAGACCCGUACUUUGCAGAGGACGCUGCAUUGCUCGGCUACCAUUCAUGGAUGCGAUGCACCGAAGCACCAUGCUCGACGCCUGACUUUUGUUUCAACGACAAAGACGACCUUACUGGUACAAACUGGAGUACUGGUACCUUGGAGUUUUGUCUGCGACAUGAUCAGUCCGUGGCGGCGGAACACCCCUGGGAAUGCGGGAAAUCGUACCCGCUCGGUUCCUGUGAAGCUUGUCUCCGUGACGGUUGCUCUUGGUUCCAACAAGAAUGCCUUCCGGAUUACCCACCUGAGAAUGCUAGCAAUACUUCACAUGCUUGCAUCCAUGCACUGGAUCUAAUCGAAGACGAGGACGAAACUCCGAUACGUCCAGUGGAAAGCUCGAUCGGAAACUACUGCCGAAACUAUCGAAAAGAGGUGUCUUGUCCUACGCGCCACCUUGGUACGUCUUCCCCAACGAAUGAGACUCACUGGGAGGAGAAGAAUGUUAAGGAAGCAAAUGAUUCCGCGAAGCGAGCCGGUGGAAUUUCUGUGUUGGCGUGUGUUGUGUACGCUUGGCUGGUCUUGUAG